GCGGCGCGGGCGCUCUUCCCCGGUUGGAGCUUCGUCCCGGCCCCGCUGCAGCAGCCGCUGGUGAGGAUGGAGGAGGAGGACCUAAGCGAAAGAGGAUUGUCCCAAAUUGCUUCAAUCAUGAACAGAGUUAGAGACUUGAAAAACAAAUACAGGAAUGAAGACAAUGUCACAGAUGAACUUAACUGUACUAAAAUCUCAACUGAUACAACAGAUAACUCUGGGACUGUUAAUCAAAUAAUGAUGACAACAAAUAAUCCAGAAGAUUGGCUGUGUUUUUUGCUCAGGCUAGAGAAAAAGGGUGUUCCUCAGACAGAUGUUAGCCUCCUGAAGAGACUUAUUGGUCGUUACAGUCAAGCAGUGACUGCAUUACCUGCAGAAAAGCAUAGUCAAGAUGAGAGCUAUGCUCGCAUCCUUGUGAGAUUUGCUGAGUUGAAAGCUCUCCAAGAUCCAGAGGAAGCACGGGACCAAUUUCAUCUGGCCAAACUGAACUGUAAAAAGUUUGCUUUUGUGCAUGUUGCCUUUGCACAGUUUGAGCUAUCACAAGGAAAUGUGAAGAAGUGUAAGCAGCUCCUUCAGAAAGCUGUGGAGUGCUCUGCUGUUCCACUAGAAAUGUUGGAAACUGCUCUCCAAAACUUUAAUUCACAAAAAAAGCAGUUGCUUUCAGAUGAGGAGAAGGAGAACUUUGCAGUAUCAAGUACACAAGAGUGUGGACUUCAGAGUAUAGUUGGAAAUCACAGAAGCAUAAAAAGAGGUGAUUCUGGUGAAAAUUCCUCUACUGUUACCAGACUUUUUCUUGGAGAGGAGAAGUCACAGGAACUUGGUGCUCUAGUUAAUUACCACAAUCCAUUAAGACCACUAAACAAAUCUAACCAGGCCUGCCCCUUUGGGAGGGUUCCUGUUAAACUAGUAGCUGAUGAUGAUGACGAUGAUGAUGUGAAGAAGACUGAUGUCCCACUUACAGCUAGUGUUAUGAAGAGGCAAGUGUCCAGCUCUAAAUGUAAAGCUUUCAUUGCACCUUUUCCACCAUCAGAACAAAAAUCUAGUGGGGGAGAUUCAUAUGACCUUGGAAACUUACAGUCCUUACAGUUGCAGACACUGGAUGAGAACAGUUUAGAAAUGGCUACUAGUUCAACUAUAACUCACAAAACCAAAAUGGAUACAAAUCUUUCGAUGAAAACAGCAGAACAAGUCCAGCAUCAGAAGCUGAAGAUACCAGAAACAAGGAGUUUGGAAAGUCAACAGCAACAAUCUAGUUCUGGUGAAAGCUACAGAAAGCAGUUGGAUCAGAUUAAACUAAACUGUGUCAGUGCCAGGAAAAAAUGGCCGAUUCAAGAAGUAACACAGAAAAACUGCUAUAGAGAGGGAAAACAGUCGAUCCUUGAACAAUCUGGUCAUCCGGUUUCAAGAGGUUUAUCACCACCAGAUGCUGUUUCUAAGAAAAGUGAUCCAUCACUUGUUUGUGGAACACCAAGCACCACAUAUAAUGACUAUAUGGACUGUUUCAGAACACCAGUUGCGAAGAACAACUUUCUGCCAGGAUGUCAAAUGUCUACUCCCUACAGCCAGUUACCAUGUUUCGUACCACAUACUUCAGCAACUCCAUUUCAAAAUCAAGUUGGCUUACAGGUUCCAUCUUCUAUACCUUCACAUGAAUGUCUUGCCAUCAAAGGAAAAGUUUAUACAAUAUUAAAACAAAUAGGUAGUGGAGGCUCAAGUAAGGUGUUUCAAGUACUGAAUGAAAAGAAGCAGCUGUAUGCUGUCAAAUAUGUGAAUCUAGAGGAAGCUGAUCAACAGACUGUUGAGAGCUAUAAGAAUGAAAUUGCUCAUUUGAGUAAACUGCAGCAACACAGUGAUAAGAUCAUCCGCCUUUAUGGCUAUGAAAUUACUGAUCAUCAUAUCUACAUGGUAAUGGAGUGUGGAAAUAUUGAUCUCAAUAGUUGGCUCAAAAAGAAAAAAACCAUUGAUCCGUUGGAACGAAAGAGCUAUUGGAAAAAUAUGCUGGAAGCUGUUCACACAAUCCAUGAAUAUGGCAUUAUUCACAGUGAUCUGAAACCAGCAAACUUUCUAAUAGUUGAUGGAAUGUUAAAGCUGAUUGACUUUGGCAUUGCAAACCAAAUGCAACCAGAUGUGACAAGCAUCAUUAAAGAUUCUCAGGUUGGUACAAUGAAUUAUAUGCCACCUGAGGCAAUAAAAGAUAUGUCUUCCUAUGGAGAAAAUGGGAAAUCUCGAUCAAAGAUAAGUCCCAAAAGUGAUGUGUGGUCAUUGGGAUGCAUUUUGUACUGUAUGACAUAUGGAAGGACUCCAUUUCAACAUAUAACAAAUCCAAUCAAUAAACUGCAUGCCAUUGUUGAUCCUAGUUAUGAAAUAGAAUUUCCAGAUAUUGCUGAGAAGGAUCUUCAAGAUGUGCUAAAGCGCUGUUUAAUAAGAAAUCCUAAACAAAGAAUAUCUGUUUCGGAGUUGCUGAUACAUCCCUAUGUUCAAAUUCAAAGUAAUUGUCAAACAGGUGUUCCAAAUUCAAAAGGAACAACAGAGGAAAUGAAACGUAUCCUGGGCCAGCUUGUGGGCUUGAAUUCUCCCAAUUCUAUUUCUAGAGCUGCUCGGACUUUAUAUGAACAGUGCAACAGUGGUAAGAGUCUUGAUGUAUCAGCAUUUGCAAAACUUGGGAGUCAAAAAUCAUGGACAACAAAAUGA